CAUGUGGCAAGGAAGCGCAUAGCAGUGGAGGGGUAGAGAUAAGAUUACAGUGAAGAGAAAAGAGAAGAACAAUGGCCUCUGCUUCUCUGCUCAAGUCAUCCCCUGUUCUUGACAAGUCUGAGUGGGUUAAGGGACAAUCCCUUCGCCAAUCUUCCGUGUCUCUUGUAAGAUGCAACCCCACCACCUCCAUGCCGGUCACUGUCAGAGCCGGUGCCUAUCAAGAUGAGCUUGUCAAAACCGCGAAAACAAUUGCCUCUCCAGGGCGUGGUAUUUUGGCCAUGGAUGAAUCAAAUGCUACCUGUGGGAAGCGUUUGGCCUCCAUUGGGCUUGAGAACACUGAGGCUAACCGCCAAGCAUACCGUACCUUGCUCGUGUCAGCUCCCGGGCUUGGUCAGUACAUCUCUGGUGCCAUUCUUUUUGAGGAAACUCUCUACCAAUCCACUGUUGAUGGCAAGAAGAUAAUUGAUGUUCUUACUGAGCAAAACAUUGUCCCUGGUAUCAAGGUCGACAAGGGUUUGGUUCCCUUGGCUGGUUCCAAUGACGAGUCAUGGUGCCAAGGUCUGGAUGGUCUUGCCUCUCGCUCAGCUGCUUACUACCAGCAAGGUGCCCGUUUCGCCAAAUGGCGUACUGUUGUUAGCAUCCCCAACGGUCCCUCUUCUCUGGCAGUGAAGGAAGCAGCCUGGGGUCUGGCUCGCUAUGCUGCCAUUUCUCAGGACAAUGGUUUGGUCCCAAUUGUGGAGCCCGAGAUCUUGCUUGAUGGUGAGCAUGGCAUUGAAAGGACUUUUGAAGUAGCUCAGAAGGUUUGGGCUGAGGUUUUCUUCUACCUUGCUGAGAACAAUGUCAUGUUUGAGGGUAUUCUGCUCAAGCCUAGCAUGGUUACCCCUGGAGCUGAGUGCAAGGAGAAGGCCACUCCUGAGCAAGUUGCUGCAUACACCCUCAAGCUCCUCCACAGGAGAAUUCCCCCUGCUGUCCCUGGAAUCAUGUUUUUGUCUGGAGGGCAAUCUGAGGUUGAGGCAACCUUGAACUUGAAUGCAAUGAACCAAUCUCCAAACCCAUGGCACGUGGCAUUCUCAUAUGCAAGAGCCCUGCAAAACACAUGCUUGAAGACAUGGGGAGGCCGCCCGGAGAAUGUGAAGGCAGCACAAGAGGCUCUUCUUAUCCGUGCCAAGGCCAACUCCCUUGCUCAGCUUGGCAAGUACACUGGUGAAGGUGAAUCUGAGGAGGCCAAGAAGGGAAUGUUCGUCAAGGGAUACGUCUACUAAGCUGCUUUUGUAUUUGUGUGAGUCAUACUUUUGAAGCAUCAAAUCCAGCAGAAGUAAUAGAAGAUGAAGAUGGUGAUGGAGGAUGAAAGGCUAAUUUGUUUAGAAUGUGUGUAAUGAUCUUGGAGAAUAUUUUUGUUCAUCAUUACAUGUACCUUUAAAACUUUGUUGUUAAUGAGUUAGGAAUCAAGUACUUGAAUAUGCAUCAUCUUAAUACUAAAACUCGCUUUAAUUUCUGCUGUUUAAAA